AUGGCUGAGAGGAAACUGUCUGAUGAGGAUCCUGAGCAGCGGUCUCUGCUCUCUGGGUUGGGUUUGAGCAAUCCCAAACCACGGGUCAUGUUAGGUGGCAUGUUCUGCAGUGUCGAGGGUGCUUUUGAAAAUAAAACUCUCAAUUUCGAGUCCUUCAGCCCGAACUCUGCCAGAAGACAGAUUGGGAACAGACGUUAUUCGCAUACACUCAGUGAAAGCAGUACCCACACACCACCAUCCAGAUCUGAGGCAACAGAGUUGCCUGGUUUACACGAGCAAACCAUCACGUAUACAUCAGAAGACCAGCAGGUGUGUGGAGGGACACAGGAGGUAAGACCAAGGUUUAUAAAUGAUCAGAUCAUCAUUAAAGGAGGGAAAGUUGUGAAUGAUGACCAGUCAUUCUAUGCUGACAUCUUUAUUGAAGAUGGGACCAUCAAGCAACUUGGGGAGAACCUCGUCGUGCCCAGUGGGGUGAAGACUGUAGAUGCCUAUGGGCACAUUGUCAUCCCAGGGGGCAUCGAUGUGAACACCAGCUUUCUGACACCCCACUUGGGAAUGAUGCCCGCUGAUGACUUUUACCAUGGCACAUGCGCUGCCCUGGCAGGAGGCACCACCAUGAUCAUCGACCAUGUUGUUCCUGAGCCCGGCAUCAGUUUGCUGACCGCUUAUGACCAAUGGAGGGAUACAGCAGAUAAGCGAUCAUGCUGUGAUUACUCACUACACAUGGACAUCACCCGCUGGCAUGAGGGAAUGUUUGAGGAGCUUGAAACUCUGGUCAAAGAUAAAGGUGUUAACUCCUUCCUGGUUUUCAUGGCUUAUAAGGACAGGUAUCAAAGCUCAGAUUCACAGAUGUAUGAGAUAUUCUCCAUUCUGAGAGAUUUGGGGGCAAUCGCUCAAGUACAUGCUGAGAACGGAGACAUUAUUGAAGAGGAGCAGAAGAGGUUGUUGGAUCUGGGGAUCACAGGCCCCGAGGGACAUGUGCUAAGCCAUCCAGAGGAGGUGGAGACGGAGGCUGUGUAUCGAGCCAUCACCAUUGCUAAACAGGCCAACUGCCCUGUCUAUAUCACCAAGGUGAUGAGUAAAGCCGCUGCUGAUAUCAUUGCCAAGGCCAGGAAAAAGGGCAUGGUUGUUUAUGGAGAGCCAAUUGCAGCUAGUCUUGGAACGGAUGGAUCACACUAUUGGAGCAAAAACUGGGCCAAAGCUGCCGCCUUUGUCAUGUCACCACCUCUUAAUCCAGAUGUGGGAACCCCAGACUACCUCAAUUCCAUGCUCUCCUGUGGAGAUCUUCAGGUGACAGCCAGCGCUCACUGCACAUUCUCCACAGCUCAGAAAGCUGUAGGGAAAGACAACUUUACACUCAUUCCUGAAGGGACCAACGGCAUCGAGGAACGAAUGAGCAUCAUUUGGGACAAGGCUGUAGUAACAGGUAAAAUGGAUGAGAAUGAGUUUGUGGCAGUGACCAGCACAAAUGCAGCCAAGAUUUUCAACCUGUAUCCUCGCAAGGGCAGAAUCGCAGUGGGCUCUGAUGCUGAUCUUGUCAUCUGGAAUACCAAAGAGACCAAAAUCUUCUCAGCCAGAACUCACAAUCUGAAUAUAGAGAUAAAUAUCUUUGAGGGCAUGGAGUGCAAGGGCUUUCCCAUGGUUGUCAUCAGCCAAGGCAGUAUUGUUCUUGAGGAUGGCAAGUUGGAUGUGCUGGAGGGUUCAGGUCGCUUUGUCCCCAGGAAAGCCUUUCCAGACUAUGUGUACAAGAGGAUCAAAGCCCGGAGCAGGAUGGCAGAAGCUCGUGGUGUUCCUCGAGGUAAUUACGAUGGUCCUGUCCAUGAUGUAAUCAGCAUGACCAAGUCUGUACCACCGACUCCCACCAACAGAGGAUCAUCCUGUUCAGGGAAGAGUUUGGUGGGGCCAGCUAGAAACCUGCACCAAUCAGGAUUCAGCCUGUCUGGGACUCAGAUGGACGACCACAUCCCCAGGCGUACGGCACAGCGGAUCGUAGCGCCCCCUGGAGGCAAAUCCAACAUCACGUCCCUCUCAUGA